AGUCCGGCUCCGACCUCCCUCUCUCUGAUCGCUGCUUCUACACUACUCUUGUUGCCUACUUGCCACUCAGUCAGUCAGUCAGUCUUAGCUGCUACCUGUCUCCUCCCAAGUCACCGACAUUGCCGGAGAGGAGAUAUGUCUAGCCGGCGGUCACGGUCGAGGGCGUCGUCCGGUGGCGCGUCGCGGAUCAGCGACGAGCAGAUCAGCGACCUCGUCUCCAAGCUGCAGACGCUCCUCCCCGAGGCUCGCCUCCGGAGCAACGACAGGCAGGUGCCGUCGGCGAGGGUGCUGCAGGAGACGUGCAGCUACAUCCGGAGCCUGCACCAAGAGGUUGACGACCUCAGCGACCGCCUCUCCGAGCUGCUCGCCACCGCCGAUGUCAGCACCGCGCAGGCCGCCGUCAUCCACAGCCUCCUCAUGUAG